GUUGUCGGCCAGCAUAGAAGUUGUCCGUCAUAUCAAUUUGAACUCACCAACCAACUAUUCUAUCCAGCACGAUUGAAACUGAGUAUUCGUUGUCACCUAACGACUGAAUCCUUGAGCACGACAACGUCAUCCCCGCCUGUCUCAAAAUUACCACCCCUCAUCGCCUCUCCAACCUUCGUCUCUCCUCCCACGCCCAUCCGCUACCACUAUGGCAUCAUAUUUAACUGCCAGCGAGGCAUUCGCCCGUGAGAAGCUCACCCCAGCGAGCAAUGCAUCCACACCUCAGUCAGCCUGGGCCAACAAAUACCGGGGGGCAACAAUCGAAGAUCUAGACCCACCCCCCGCCCUCUCCGUCUCCCCCGACGACCCCAUCUCCUCCGCCAUGCUGACCGCCUACGAACGCGACUACACGCACCUAACGGUCAUUUCCUCCACGAAGCGCUCCCUCCUCGGCUACCUCAGCAUGCCACGGCUCAAGGCCCUGCUGAAGGACGGCUCCGUCAAAGAAUCCGACAGCGUCGCGACCGCCAUGCAGCGGUUUAACCGCAAGCGCGGCACGUACCAGGUGAUUACGAUGGAGACGCCGCUGGAGGAGCUGGAGCGGUUCUUUGAGAGCGAGACGGGCGUGGAUGGCGAGGCGAGGGGGAAGCAGUCGUUUGCUGUUGUUACGGAUGCGUCGAGGAAGUUUGUGCUGGGUGUUGUUACUAGGGAGGAUUUGGAGGAGUUUGUGAGGAGACGGCCGACGUAAUUUUUUUUCUUUUCUUUCGCUGUCUUCUGGGUUUAGUGCCUUCCCCCCCCGUCUUUUUUCAUAUAUAUGUUGAUAUAUCUGGUGGGUGUGAUAUUUCCGGUGCAUUUUCAGGCGCGGAUUAUUCAACAUGGUUUGGAAUGACUCGUAUAUCUCAACAUGACCGGAUGUCUCUUGUUAUCUGUCUUUCAACUUGAGUUUUGAUCACGAGCUACAUAUAUAAAUCAAC